AUGUGGCUGCUUCUUGUGUCCAUCGUGCUGGUGUCUGCAGCCCAGGAUGGCGACAAGAUGCUGGAAGGCGAGGAGUGCGUGCCUCAUUCUCAGCCCUGGCAGGUGGCCCUCUUCGAACGUGGCCGCUUUAACUGUGGGGCUUCACUCAUCUCCCCAUACUGGGUGCUCUCUGCUGCCCACUGCCAAACCCGCUUCAUGAGAGUCCGCCUGGGCGAGCACAACCUGCGCAGGCGGGAUGGCCCAGAGCAGCUGCGGGCAGUCUCCCGCAUCAUCCCGCAUCCCAACUAUGAGGCCCGCUCUCACCGGCAUGACGUCAUGUUGAUACGACUUCUACAGCCUGCACGUCUGUCACCCCAGGUGCAUCCAGUGGCUCUACCUACACGCUGCCCACGUCCUGGUGAAUCCUGUGUGGUGUCUGGCUGGGGCCUGGUGUCAGACAAGGAGCCUGGGGCCACAGGGAGCCCAGAGUCACAAGUGAGCGUCCCAGAUACCUUGCACUGUGCCAACAUCAGCAUUAUCUCGGAAGCUUCAUGUAACAAGGAGUAUCCAGGUCGAGUGCUGCGUACUAUGGUGUGUGCUGGCAUCGAGGGUGGAGGCACGGAUUCCUGUGAGGGUGACUCCGGAGGACCCCUGGUGUGUAGUGGUGCCCUACAGGGCAUUGUGUCCUGGGGGGACGUUCCCUGUGAUACCACCACCAAGCCUGGUGUCUACACCAAAGUCUGCAGCUACCUGGAGUGGAUCCGGGAAACCAUGAAGAGGAACUGA